AGAAUGUCAAAAAUUUUUGGAAAAUGCUCCGAUUCAAAAUGUUUUUUCUAUGUUUGAUGUCCAUUAUUAUAACCUGCCUGAUUACACUUGUUAUUUCGAACUCGCACAUUCUAGAAUUAAAUUUACCUCCGGAACACAUACCUUAUUAUUUUUCAAAUCAUCCUAUUGAAUCUCAGAACUGUGCAAAUUCCGACUCAUGUUCUCAUAAAGGUUCAUUGGGUCUUAAUAAAUGCUGGGGAUAUGAAAAAGGUUGCUCUGAAAGUGAUAGGUUUUCUACACCAGAUUGCAAUCAAAGUAGCAAAGGAUGGGCAAAGUCUAAGAAAGAACAAUCAGAAAUUUUUUUCCACCAAGGAGAUUUCGGAUAUAUCCAAGAUCGUUUAAAUGAGAUGAAAGUACUUUGUUCAACAAAACACAAGAAUGCCAGCUAUUUAGAAUGCUCCCAGCAUAUGAGGUUUUGCAGGGGUAAAUAUCUAAUGUUUGACUUUCAUUCUUUGGAAGAUAUUCCAGAGCCAAUGAGGUACCGUGAUGAUGUUAUCAGAGAAGGACAGGUUGGUGGUCAUUGUAAAUUGAAGAAAAAACUUUUAAAGCAACAAGGGCAGCAUAAAAGUCCUUUGCAAUCAUGGUAUGCUGAAUUUGAACAUUUUACAGAACUACCAGAGCUUCCAAAAGACCAAAAUCUAUGUGAUAUAAUAAUAAAUCAGCCUACUUUUAUAAUGAAAUUAGAUGCAGCUGUAAAUAUGUACCACCACUUCUGUGAUUUUCUGAAUUUGUAUGCCACUUUACAUAUGAAUCAGACAUUCUCAACUGAUGUGCAGAUACUAAUAUGGGAUACUAUUCCUUAUAUGAGCAAUUUUGCUCCAGUUUGGAAAGCAUUCACUCAGCAUCCCUUGAUGAAUCUUGGUAGCUUGAAGGGUAAAAGGGUUUGUUUUAAAGAUGUGGUUUUUCCUCUUUUACCCAGAAUGAUUUUUGGAAUGUAUUACAAUAUGCCAUUAAUACCUGGUUGUCAAGGUAGUGGUUUGUUUCGUGCAUUUGCUCAACAUAUCAAGCACAGAUUGCAAAUUCCUGAUUUAUUUUUUGAUUCAAAAAUUAGGGUUACACUCAUUUCAAGAAGUACUCAAUACAGACGAAUACUGAAUGAAGAUGAGCUUAUUUCUUCACUGAAAGUUUAUCCAGAAUUGUUGGUCAAAAAAGUUAAUUUCAAUCGACAAAUGUCCUUUACUGAACAGCUUAAAAUAUCUUAUAACACAGACAUUUUAAUUGGCAUACAUGGUGCUGGGCUGACACAUAUGCUAUUUAUGCCUGAAUGGGGAUCUGUUUUUGAAAUAUUUAAUUGUGAAGACGAAAGUUGUUAUGCUGAUUUAGCAAGACUAAAAGGAUUGAAAUAUUUGACAUGGGAAAAAUUGGAUAAACUUUAUCCAGAAGAUGAGGGUCAUCAUCCCACUUUAGGAGCUCAUGCAAAGUUUACUAAUUAUUCAUUUGAUGUGAAGGAGUUUCUGCGAAUUUUUAAGAAAUUAAUGAAUCAUGUGAAGCAGCAUCCAGCUUUUCAACAAAAGCGGAAUAUUUGUCAUGGAACAACAUGUAACAAAACUUUCAUUCAUAAUGAGCUUUAAUAUGCAUUUCAAUAUUCAAAACAAAUGUGCUUUGUUCUCUACCAUUGCAUUUAAUCGUGUCCGUCCUUUUAGUAAUCUCAUGAAAUAUUUAUGUUGGUGCUUGUGAAGUGCUUUUGUGAAGUUUGAAUUUUUAAAACUUAAUUCUAUUUCUUCUAAGAAGAAAAAAAAUAUUAAAUAAAAGUUUUACUUAAUAUUUUUAGACCGAAUUACUUUGUUUGUAAUUUCUUGUUUUUAAAUAAAUGAAAAGAUUUCUGUAUAAAGUAUUGACUUGUACUUUUCAAGUACGUUAAUUAUGCAUAUCAUAUGUUUAAAUGUUUUUUUAUUAAUAUUUGUGUAGUUAGAAGUAAACAUAAAUACAGUAUGAACUUUUUGUUAGGGAGAACAACCAAAUAUAUUAAGUCUAAAAGACUUCUAAAUAUUCUGACAUAUAACACUGUUAUUUAAAAGUUACUGAAAGCUAUGAAAACCUUAAUUUUUCUUUAGGUAAACAUAAAUACAGUUUGCUUUCUUUAUUAGUGAGUUAUCAAUUGAAAUGAAGUUUAAAAAUUUAAAAAAGUAAAGAGAAAGUGCUGGUUUUGUAAAAUUAAAAUGACAUAAUCAACUUCGGAAAAUAAAGCAUAUCAUAGUCAAAUAAUCAUGAACUAUGUAUUAUAUUUGACCUUAACAUGUCAAAUUAGUUACUUCAGAAACAUGUAAUUGCAUGUUUUCACCAAACAUAUGUAAUAUUAUCAAGGUGAAGCAAAAUUUUAGAAACUUUUCAUCUCAAAUUCUCUUUUACCCACAUAAGUAGUUUAACAUUUUAUGCAUAGAAAACGUGAGUAUAGGUAAACUUGGAGUAAACCAUUACGUUUCUAAAGCUGAAAUGAUUUUUGUUUGCAAAAUAUCAAAAUUUCUUAUGAAUAUGCCAUGGGGAAAUUAUCCUACAAUAAUUCGUUUGUGUUUUAAUAUUUUAAAAGCAUUUUUUCAGCAUUUGAAACUUCAUAGUUUGGUUUACUUGAACUCACAUUUCUCUAAACUUUCAUUUUAAAAUGCUGAUGAAAGUGAAACAGAAUUUGCCAGGAAACGUUUUUCCCAUGGUAUAGCAUCCUCUUAAAACAGUAUUGCUGCACCAAAUCACUAUUAUAAUUAAUCAUCAGCAAUGUGUACAUUGAAGUUAAAAAAAUUUUUAGAAUAUUUUGAAUCUAUAUCCAUGACCCUGGGGUUAACCUGGAAUCUUUCCUCUUUUUUUUCUUCUUUUUUUCACAUUAGAUUAAUUUCAUAACACCUUUUGAUACGCCUGUCUAGAGGACACAACAAAGUUAGGACCAAAGAAAUAAAUGCUAUGAAUUUGUAUCUGAUGUUUCUGAUAUCCUAUUGUUUCUUUUUUGCAGAAAUUCAUUAUUAAAUUGUAUAAUCACUGUAUAAUUUAAUAACACUACAGACUGCUUGGUUUUGUUAAAACUAACAAUUGAAUUUUCAUUAACGUACAAUGUGUUGUAUGCACAUUUCAAAUAUUCCAUUCAUUAUAAAAAAAAUUAUGUUAUUUGCUCUUAAAUAAACCGAAAAAACUAUUGAAAUUGAGCAAUAAUUAGGAUUUGCUCAAACGAAUAAAAUUUGUGUCAGAAUUCAAAUUUUAAUUUUCAAAAAUAUAGCAGAAAAAUUCUAUUAUGCCUCAAUUUAAAAUGUUUUAUUAAGUUUGGUUUUCCAUUUCUUAUACAAUUCACAAUCGAAUUGUACAUUUAUUCAGAAAAUAAAGAUACAACAUUUUUAUCAUACAUAAAAAAUAUAUCAUUUAUUAAAAUGAUCAUCUUUCUUGUCAGAAAUAUGCACAUUUUCUAGUAAAAAAUAUUUCUGUUCAAAAAAAUAUUAAUUUUUACUUAUUUAUCUAUUGGUUGUUCUUUAAUAUAAUUAUUUUACUUCUCUCACUAAAUUAUUAACUUAUGAACCGUCUGAUUAAGGGAAUGCUUACUGUAUUUGUAUUUACUGACAUACAUACUCAAGAAUUUGUGUUUAUAUCUUCUCGGUAGCUGGUAGAUAAUAAUUUGGCACUUCUGUACAGAUUCUUUAUAUUAUUUUGAUCAUUAAUUCAUUCAUUUAUUUCAAAAGUAAUUUAUAUCUAAUAUUAAAUCCUAGAUAUUUAGUGGAGUAAGAAUAUGAAUUUAGAGUAAAAUAGCUAUUGAAAUCUAUGCAUUUAUUUGCAAAAAUCUCGAGAGAAGUUGCAUAUUUAUAGAUAUAUUUAAAUAUAACAAUUUUAAACAAUGAUAUUAGAUGCAUAGUAUAAAUUCAUUGUUGUAUAUAAAGAUAUUUUCUUAUGUUUCUUAUUGUUAUGAGCUUAACGAACAAAUUGUAUCUUUUUGAACAGUUACUCUGAAACAUAACUUUGUUUAUACUGGUCUCCCUAUUUUAAUAAUUUGUUCUCAAUGUUUUGAACAUAUUUCCUAAACCACAUUUUUUAAGUACUGAAUAUUGGCCUGAAUAUGAAACAAUGACAAACCUUUGUUAAUAUGAAACAAAGUUCAGUAUUGUUUCACAAUAUUAACAAAAAUAAUUUUUAGAAGUAAGAGAUUUUAUAUUAAUUUAUUAUUUAUGAUUAUGCAAUGUAGGAGGGUUUUUGCUUUAAAUAAUACUGAAGUCAAGUCAGCGAAAUUAAUUAUAAACCUUAAAUAUAUACAUAUUAAUUAUUAUUUUUUUAUGAUAAUCAUCAUCGUACUAUAUCUUUACUUCAUCUAAACAUGAUAUAUUGACAUUAUAAGAAAUUGGUAAGCUUUAUUACCAGCACUGGGAUUUAACCCAUUUGAGUUUAGACAUAGCAACUUAUAGAUUUUGAAGUUAGCUCAAUUUAGCACCAUUCUUGCCUACACUUGAAUUACGAAAAUCUAAUGUGAAUUAUUUUUUUCAAAAUGCACUUUUGUAGUUGUUAUUAAACUUUUUUAUUCUAUCCCUUAUUAAUCUAAUGUUAAAUAUGAUAAAUUUUCAACUUUUACUGAAAGAAAUGUAAAGCAAAAUUGAUCAAAAAUUACGGGAGCACAUUUACUCUUUCCUGCUACCUGGCAAUGUCUCAUGAAUUGUAAAAAAAUUCUUGUUAAAGUAUAAUGGUCAAAAGUUAUGAAAGUGAGCUAUAAUUAUACCUCUUUUUCCCCAGCUAUUCCAUUGUUAAAUCUGUUACGCACAGAAUUCUUAUGAUUAAGAAUUGUGAUGGGAGAUUCAUUUAAACAUUAUUUAAAGGAAAAUAUACCAUAUAUGCGAUUUUAGAAUAAAUUAGUUAUUUCUCUAUGUAAUGAAAAUUUACAUUUAAAACUCAUAUUGCUAUUGCUUAAAUUUAGUACAAUUGUUUUUAAUUUCAUAUAUUUCUAUUGAUUUUAACUUUCUGUAUAUUUCUUGCAAGAAUGGAAAGCAAAUUUAGGUUAUAUAAAUUCUGACUAUUUGAACUGAUUGUUUAAAAUUAUGCUAGUUUUAAAAUUAUCUUAUUUUCCACUGUGGUUUUUAGAAGAUUUUAAGUUAGUUUCCUAAGGAAACAUUGAUUUUGUUUUCUAAAUUUGGGACACUUGUAAUAUGUUUUAAAUGGAUUUAAGACUUCAAUUUCGACUUCAAAAUAAUUUAUAAAGGUGUAAAUUCUUGAGUGAUUCAUAUUUUGUAUUUAGCAUAUGUUAUAAGGAAUGUAAACUUUUUGUAAUUUUGUGCUUCAUUCAAUGUUUUUAUCCCAGUAAUUUUCAUCGAUUUUUUAGGAAGCCUAUUGAAUAUUUAUUCAUAAAACUGAUUUAAAGUCAUUUGAUUUUAAGUAUAGGACAUUAAAGUUGACAAUCGCAGGUAGAGUGCCUUCUUACUGAUACAAGGCAAACAAAAACAGUGAUUGUUAAUGCUCCUUGUAUAAGAUUGUCAGAAGUUUUUGGUAGACAAUCUUAUCAUAACAUAUUUUUUAUUAGGUUGAAUUGAGAUAUUAAAAUUAUUUAAAAUAAGCAACAAAUUUUGUGUUCAUAUCUUGGAAACAAACAAAUUUUUUAUUCAUAUGUUUGCUCUUAAUAAAUCAGUUAUUGAAUCCGAAAGUCUCAUAGAAUACUAAAAAUAUUUAUAUUUGUAAAAUUAUUAAAAUAUACUUCAUAGUGGUAUGUAAAUAACGCAUUUUUUUAAGUCAAGGUACGGUCGUUUUUUAUGUCUAUCUAUUGCAUGAUUAUGUGGAUCAUAGUAGCUAUUUUUCAUCUGUAGCAACAGACUGUAGUUUGUGUAAAUAGCUAAACUUUCUUAUUUAUUGUUUUCACUAUAUCCUGUUUCAAAAUAAAAAUUUCAUAAUUUCUAACAUCAUAUUUUAUUUUGAGUUAGCAAGUUAGCCAUAAAGUAAGCAUCACUAAAAAACAGCAUAUAUCAAAUUAAGAAAAAACUAAUUCUUUGCGUGAAAUUUCUUUUGGCUAAUUUUGAAAAUUUCAAAGCUGUCAUUUUUAAAAGGAAAAUGCGUAUGCCUUUAACAACUACCUGUCAUGACUGUUAUCAAAUCUUUAAAUAAGUCUUCCCUCUAAGUAAUUUCAACUGAAUAUUUUUUUUUUCACCUUGCGAAAAUAUUCAAUCUUCUUCAUUGUCACGUAGAUAGUUUUGUGUAAUUUUUUCUACCGAGAACUACUUGCUUCAAUAAAAUGGGGUUCCUCUGACCCAUAAAUAGCUAGUGAUGUUUUCUCUUUUCAUUUUGCAUCUUUUAUUUUUGCAUCAAACUGAAUUUGUAACAUCAUACAAUUUAAUUACAUUGAUUUUAUAAUAAUUGUAUUUGGUACAUUAUAUAGUCAUAUCUAGUUACUAUGCCAUGACGCCCGGUGACUGAGCGGUAGCGCUUCGCGCUGUUGUGCCACAGGUCCCUGGUUCGAUCCUCGGACCGGACAAGGUUGACUCAGCCUUUCAUCCCUUCAGUGGGUCGAUAAAUGAAUACCAAGCAUGUUUGGGAACUAAACACUGGGGGUUCUGCGUUCGGCUGACCACCGAACCGGAACAUCUGCUCCUGCACCCCAGAGCCCAUGGUCGAGAAAACUGAGAUGGGCACAGUAGGCCUUGGCCCUCUAUGGGCUGUCGCGCUGCUGAGUUUAGUUACUUUGCCAUUGAACUCUACAUCCAAUCUACUAUUUUUUUUUUCAAUUUUGUAAAACAGUUAGAUUCUAUUACUGUUUAAGUAUGUUAUUUUUUUUAUUACGUAAUGCCAUAGGGUUUCUCUCCUAAGUUUGGCACAGCAUAGCCCCACACUACUGUUAUCUCAUUAAACUCGACGUCUGAUCUUAGUAACUAGUGGGAGCACAUUGCGAGCAGCAUUAUUAAUUUCGUUAAAGAAUAUGAAUAAAUUGAAAUUACCAAAUAUAUAUAUGUUUGUGUGUGUAUGUGUUUGUAAAUCCUUACAAUUCACAAAUUAAGCAUCCUGGAACAAUAAAAUAAAAUUGCAAAUUUAAAAAUAUUUAUUUGUACUUAGAAUUAAUAUUGUUACUUUACUUCUUGAUUUAUAUCUAUCUCUGUUAUAGCAUUCUUAAUUUAUUUUAUUCAUUUUUUUCAUUACCUAUAUUAUAUUUUUGAUAGUUUCAAAUUUUUUUAACCUAUAAUAUAACUGUAUGAAAAGCGGGCCCUAUCUUUACAAGACAGAAUUUUUGUUAUUUGUAAUAUUUCGUGAUGUAAAAAAAAAAUAUGAUGAAGCAUUUUACUACUUUUGUAUCUUCUAGGUUACUGCUUUUGUUUAAAAAAUAAAUAUUUUAUGUACAA